AUGUGCGUGACACACGUUUACUCGGACCGCUACCCGGACGGGGAAACGAUUCCCUUUCGCCGCCUCAUAACCUGCCAAUAUGGCAAGCCAGGACGGCCAUGCUCAACACACAGUACCAUUGAGGAACCACUUCGCAACAUCAAUUGGGGUGAAGAAACCACAGAGGAGCGUCUCCGCCCAGUGAUCUACCACGCUCAGCACCGUCCUCUAACUCCUCCUCACUCGCCACAUGGCUCUCACCACAGACACUCUUCUUCCGAAUCUGCUGGUCACCGCCGUAAACCAUCCAAACGUCUUUUGUCACCAUUGAGACCUACUAGGCAGCACAGAAAGGAACGCAUCGUGAUCGUGGAUUCCCCACCAACCCCAAGGACUCCACCUCAACACUUUAGUCAGACUUUCACUGCUCCUUCAUCGCCUGCCACACCUACAUAUCGUACCUCACACGAAGCCUCCCGGGAUCGUCCCAUCAUUGUCGACGAGCGACCUUUCCGUCGCAACCCUCACUCCAUGGGCCCCGUUUUUGGCGACCGCCGCCCAGCAACCCCCCGCGCGUCACGGGAACAUUCUCGCCCACGCCAACACCAAGCAUGGGACUCUCCGUCCUCGUCUCACACAUCUUUCAACUCCCGUCUUCGCUUCGAAGAGGAAGAGGCCGCCGCUCGUGCCCGCGAGUUCAAGAAGAGAGACGCUGAACGCCAAGUCCGUCGGGAAUUAGACGCUCGUGAGGCCGAACGCAAACUUCGCGAGGAUUUGAAAGCCAGAAGGGCUAAGGAAGAGAGAAGGGCCAAAGAAGAGUUCUUCAGACGGCAAGACGAGGAAAUCAACGCCAGACCAGCUGUUCCACUGGUCCCUUUAUCUCGCCGGCAGACCGUGGUGGAUCAGGAGUUACCUUAUAUGAUGGGCGCUCUUGCCGUGGGAACGGAUCGCACGGGGAAUGAAGAGGAAGCAAUGAAACGUCGAUUGAGGGAGCGACAGCUUCCCAAGCGACGAUCCAGUGUCGGGCCGGCUCAAAGACGCCACCGAGUUGCUUACGAUGAUGGCAUGUAUCGAUGGGAGUAA